UCCUACCAAUUCGAAUCUAUAAAAUUAUUUCUAACAAUAACCGCAAAUUUACUUUUACUACAAUUAUUAUUUCUACUAAAUAGUAGUACAAAUAAUUUGUAGUGCAAAUCAAUAAAUAAAUCACAAAUUCACAUUGUUGCUGGAUAAAAUUCUGUCGUUCAAGUUAAUCGCAAAUAUUGUCAAAAUAUCCCAUACAGCUGCUUGAAUUAAAAAAAUAAAAGCCUUGGCAUCCCUUGUGAAGUCAAGCAUAUGUGUUUUAAAUAUAAGAAGUCUCUCUUGACCAACCACUUUUGUGAUUUGUUUAUUUGAUUUUCUUUAAAUAAAUAUGGAAUCAUCUCAUAUGAUUUGCCAAUUCUGCCAAAAGGUUGCAUUUAAAUAUACUUGUCCAAAAUGUAACGCAUUAUAUUGUUCUCUCAGCUGUUAUAAGACACCAGAACACUUGAAAUGUACCGAGGCAUUUUACAAAUCUUGUAUACAAGAUGAAUUAUCAUCACAGGAUCAUAGUGAUGUGAAGAAAAUGUAUGAUAUUUUGAAGAAUAUACGUGAGACCGAGGCUGGAAUACAAAAUGACUUUGACGGAGAUAAAGCGGAUAGUGAAUUAGAUGAGGAUGAUGUUUUCGAUGAUUUAAACGAUGACUAUGAUGAAGAUGAGGAAGAUGUUGAAGACAUUGCCACACGUAUGAAAGAUGUUGAUAUAAAUGACGCGGACGAGGUGUGGGAACACUUGUCAAUGAGUGAACGUAUUGAAUUCAAGAAGUUAAUUGAAAACAACACUAUAAUGAAUUUAGUGCCAGAGCAUAAGCCAUGGUGGUCUUUAAAAAAAUCAAAAAUUAUAGAGAUAAAUAGCACCAAUAAUGAUACCAUUGUACCUGAAAUUGAAAAAAGUAUACUGAAAUUUUCAGCAAUUUUUAGUAAAGCGCCGUCAGAGUGUUUGCAUUACAAUCUAUGGAAUAUAUUGUCGUCAUAUGCUGCUAUGGUUCGUUACUUCAACGGCGAGUAUUCUACAAACCCAAUUGAAGCUGUAGCACAUUUGGUUAACCUAAGCUUAACUUUAAAAUUUGGUACGAAUUUUGAGAGUGUCGAGGAUGCGCUUGCAACUGUGGAAGUUGAAGCGCUGAAUACAAACGCUAUAGGUGUAUCAAAAAGUUUCGAACCGACAUAUUCCUCGACAUUAUGCUCUGUGCUAAAACAUGAUGCCGAAUGCCUAAUGUCAUCUUGUUAUAACAAACUAGCAGCUCUUAGUGAUAUUUACCGUUUAAUAUCUAAUGCUACAAAUCAUUUAAAAAUAAGUAAAUCCAAAAAAGAUACCGAUUUUUUCAAAUUAUUUGCCAUAUGCAAUGGAAGUGUAUUGCUAGACCGAAAAAAAUUAUUACAUUUAUCAAAAAAAGUCGAGUUUCUAUUGUCAUACGUUAAUAUUGAAAACGAAGAACGGCUUGAGUAGUUUAAAAAUUAAGAAUUUCUAUAUAUUUGUAUCUAAUGCACGCUAAGAAUAUACGCUAAAAUGUAUGUAAAGGGUGAUUUUUUAAGAGCUUGAUAACUUUAAAAAAAAAAAAAACGCAUAAAAUUUGCAAA